GGGGCGGACAAAGGCGGCGGCGAGGCCGUUCAGCUAGCCGCCAUUUUGAGCAGAGGGCUCCGAGGAGAAGCAGUCGCCGCCGGAGCACCACUUCUUCUCCUCCUUCCUCCACCAUGUCGCGGGAUCGGUUCCGUAGCCGUGGCGGCGGGGGAGGCGGCUUCCACCGGCGAGGAGGCGGCGGCGGCCGCGGCGGCCCGAACCACGAUUUCCGCUCUCCGCCGCCCGGCAUGGGUAUGGGCCAGAACCGCGGCCCCAUGGGGGGCGGCCCGCAGGGCCCGGGCGGCCCGCCGGGCGGAGGCCCCAAACCCGAGCCUCCGAAGCCGCCCGCCUCGACCUCCGCGCCGCCUUCCUCGUCCUCUUCGGCCGCUGCCACCACGGCGGGGCCUGCCGGCAGCCAGGCCGGCCCGGGGGCGCCUCCGCCGUCCGCGCUGCCCGCGGGGCAGCCGCCGCAGCAACAGGCCCAGGUGUCCGCGCCCCCCUCGACGCCCUCCGGCCCGGGAGGGCAGCAGCAAUCGCAGCCGAAGCCGAGCCCCAGCCCCACCCCCGCCGGCGGCCCCAAGAAAGGACAAGGACAGUCGCCCGGCGGCGGGCCCAAGGGACCGGGCGGCCCUCCGCAGGGGCCGGGCGGGCCGCACAAGGGCGGGCCGGGGCACCGCGGCGGGCCGGGCGGGGAGCCGCGCGGCCGCGGGCAGCAGCACCAGGGACAGCAGAGCCUCUCCUCGCAGCAGGGCCCGGGCGGCGGCGGCGAGAAGCUCUCGGACGAGGGCUUUAAAGCAAACCUGUCUCUCCUGAGGCGGCCCGGGGAGAAGACCUAUACUCAGCGUUGCCGUUUGUUUGUUGGGAAUUUGCCUGCCGAUAUCACAGAUGAAGACUUCAAAAGACUGUUUGCCAAAUAUGGGGAGCCAGGAGAGGUUUUUAUCAACAAGGGGAAAGGAUUUGGAUUCAUUAAAUUGGAAUCCAGAGCUCUUGCAGAAAUUGCAAAGGCAGAACUGGAUGAUACCCCCAUGAGGGGUCGACAGCUUCGUGUUCGAUUUGCCACACAUGCUGCUGCUCUUUCAGUGCGUAAUCUUUCACCCUAUGUGUCCAACGAGUUAUUGGAGGAAGCUUUUUCCCAGUUUGGUCCAGUGGAAAGAGCUGUUGUGAUUGUGGAUGAUCGAGGCCGAUCAACAGGAAAAGGCAUUGUUGAAUUUGCAUCAAAGCCAGCUGCAAGAAAGGCAUUUGAACGGUGUACUGAAGGAGUGUUUUUGUUGACAACCACUCCCAGGCCAGUUAUUGUGGAACCGCUGGAGCAACUGGAUGAUGAAGAUGGUCUUCCAGAAAAGCUUGCCCAGAAGAAUCCGAUGUAUCAAAAGGAAAGAGAGACUCCUCCCCGUUUUGCUCAGCCUGGCAGUUUUGAAUUUGAAUAUUCCCAGAGGUGGAAAUCUUUAGAUGAAAUGGAAAAACAGCAGAGAGAGCAAGUGGCAAAAAACAUGAAAGAUGCUAAGGACAAACUUGAAAGUGAGAUGGAAGAUGCUUAUCAUGAACAUCAGGCAAACCUUUUGCGUCAAGACCUUAUGAGGCGUCAGGAAGAAUUGAGACGUAUGGAAGAACUUCAUAAUCAGGAAAUGCAGAAGCGCAAGGAAAUUCAGCUGAGGCAGGAGGAAGAGCGCCGCAGACGGGAAGAGGAAAUGAUGAUACGUCAGCGAGAAAUGGAAGAACAAAUGAGAAGACAGAGGGAAGAGAAUUAUAGUAGAAUGGGUUACAUGGAUCCAAGAGAGAGAGACAUGAGAAUGGGUGGUGCCACCACAAUGAACAUGGGAGAUCCUUAUGCUUCUGCAGCCCAGAAAUUUCCACCUCUCGGAGGUGGUGGCGGCAUAGGUUAUGAAGCUAAUCCAGGAGUUGGCCAAGCAGCCAUGAGUGGUUCUAUGAUGGGAAGUGACAUGCGUCCUGAACGCUUUGGGCAGGGAGGUGCGGGGCCUGUGGGUGGCCAGGGUCCUAGAGGAAUGGGGCCUGGAACGCCAACAGGAUAUGGUAGAGGGAGAGAAGAAUAUGAAGGCCCAAACAAAAAGCCCCGAUUUUAGAUGUGACCUGUAGUUUCAUUCCAGUUUGUUUUUGUCUGUCUUGUUUAGACACCAACUUUUUAAUUCUUGCAUUUUAGUAAGAAAGCUACGUUUUUAUGGAUGUUAGAAACUUACUGACCUAAUAUUUGUAAGUGGUCUGUUUGGGCGAGUACAAUUUAAUUAUGUAAUGCAGUGUUUCAAAACAAAUUUAGCUGUUUUUUUGAUGUAUAACGUCCCUAACUUGAUGGCAGUGUACCUUGUGCCACUGAAUUCCCAAAGUGUACCAACUUUUUUUUACUGUGCUUCAAAUAAAUAGAAAACUAAAUGUA